AUGGCCUCUUCCGUGUCCGAUGAUUGCAAUGGAAAGCGGUUGAAGAACAGCAUUGAUUGCCAUGGUGUGAACAAGAGUAUCAUGUUUGCACUUCCAGAGGAUAUCAAGUUUUUGAUUGUAAACAAGUUAGAUGUGGUGGACUUACAUUGCUUUAGUUCAGUUUGCAAGUCCUGGCAAUCAAUCGCCAUGGCUGCCAAGAAAAUACAGCCACGACCUCCUCAACUCCCAUGGCUCAUGUUUUCCUCCUUCAACGAUCAUCGUCUUGUGUUUUUCAGACUCACCGAUGGCAAAGUUUUGAGGUUAGAAAUCCCUGAAACCUAUUUUGGCUCUCAGUGUGUUGUUGUUGGAUCUAAUUGGGGAUGGUUGAUAAUGGUGGAUAAGAUGAGACGCACCAAUUUCCUUUUAAAUCCAUUUACCAGAAUUGUAAUUCAACUUCCACCACUAGAUACUCUUCCCAUUCACUACGACAACGACGUAGGAAUUCCUUCUGUACUUUUUCGUAUUGUGUCGAAAGAUAACUUCAUUAAUAAGGCUAUGUUGUUAUCACCACCUGCUGCUGCUGCUACUACUACUAACAAUUCUACAUUGAAUGAUUGUGUGGUCAUAGCGAUUUAUUGUAAUAACGAAUUAGCCUUCUGUAGGCCAGGGGAUGAUGCGUGGACCUCCUUGGGAAUAUAUUUUAAAGACAUUAUUUUAUGUCAUGGAAAAUUGUAUGCCAUUACUGAACAAUUUGAUCUUAAACUUGUGAAGUUGGGUGGUUUUAAUCCAAAAAUAAAAAGCUGUAACAUUGCUCCUCCAGUAGCAAAAGAGGAUCUCAGUCCCCUUCAGAAAUCGUUCUAUUUGGUGGAAUGUCUUGGAGAGUUGUUGAUGGUUAUAAAAUAUUAUGUACGUGAUUAUAAUCUACGAUAUCACUACACAAGUCUUACGUUCAAGAUAUUUAAGUUAGAUUUAAAGGGUCGGAGAUGGAUUAAGGUGGAGGAUUUGGGUGAUCGAACGCUAUUUAUUGGCACAAGUACUUCCUUGUCUGUCUCGGCACGUGACCACCCUGGAUUGAAAGGAAACUGCAUAUACUUCACGGAUCAUGAAGACUUUGGCAAUCGUGGACCUAAAGUAUAUGAAACAUUAGCUAGUUUGUUUCACUUGGAAGAUAACAGCACUCAACAUUUAUCCUCAUAUGGUUUGGGGGGUUCUCCAUCUACACCCAUCUGGAUCACACCAAUUUUUUGA